GUGAGGAGUGGUCUUCCUCAUCCUAUGCUACCACCCCUGCAGGGAUAGAGAUGGCAGACUGCAUUUUUGAUGAGCAAGGCUUUUGGGUCCCUUGUGAUGAGAUAGUGAAGUUUGUUAAGCCCUUGGUGGUUUUGUUGCAAGUUGCGGAUGGAGAUAAGCCCGCAAUGGGCUAUAUAUAUGAGGGCAUGGAUAGGGCGAAGGAGGCCAUCAGAUUUGUCUAUGGAGCAGAUGAGAGCAAGUAUGGUCCCAUUUGGGAGAUCAUUGAUAGGAGAUGGCAUCAUCAGCUACAUAGGCCCAUCCAUGUGGCAGCCUAUUAUCUGAAUCCGGCAUUCUGUUUUAUCCCUUCUUUCAAGGCUGAUGCGGAGGUCCUUAAUGGGCUAUAUGCAAUCAUGGAGAAGAUGGGACCUGCUGGUACUUAUCAGAUAGAUCUUUUUCGAGAGCUACAGAUGUUCUCAGAUGCACAAGGGGAGACCUUCUCUCGUCCUGUCGCCAAAGACGGUAGGACAACUAUGAUGCCAGGUAAAAAUAAAUUGUUAGGCUUAAUUUUAGUUUUAUUCAAUACUAUAUUGUAACUUGUUAAAUGAGUUCAUGAGUGAGACUGAUUUUUUUUUUUUUUCUCAUUUCAAACUCAGAUCAUUGGUGGAACUUUUUUGGCCUAGAGACACCAAAUGUUCAGAAGUUGGCCAUUCAUAUCUUAAGCCAACCAUGCAGCGCAUCAGGUUGUGAGCGCAAUUGGAGUAUGUUUGAGCACAUACACUCCAAGAGGCGCAAUAGAUUAUCUGUGGAGAAGAUGAAUGAUCUCGUCUUUGUUCACUACAACCUCCGCCUGAGAAUGAGAAAGAAUGCAACAGUUGACAUGUCUCCUAUCAUUCUAGAUGAGGUUGAUCUUGAAGCAGAGUGGGCCAAUGAGAAUCAGACAGCUCCUGGGACUCCUACAGCUGUAUUUAGUGAUGAUGACAUUGAUUGGAUCGACCAGGUAGAUAUAGAGGCUGAGGCUGUAGCCAUGGCAGAGGAGGAGUAGAGAGCACGAGCAGAGACAGGAAAUACUGAGACUCAGAGUGACACAGCUGUUCCUGAUGUUGGUGAGCAUGACACAACCGUUCCUGAUGUUGGUGAGCAUGGCAUGGUGUCACGGGGAGCAACUAUGGCUGCUGAAUCAUCCAGGACCUACUUUAAAUGCCUUCGCAGGGGACCAGGGCGAGAGGGUGCA